UUUCAAGAAAAAAUAGAACUAUUUAUUCAAUGAUUUGUUUUAUUAGAAGCUUGGAGGGAGUUGGAGUUUGAGCCCCAGACCCCAUCCUUAUCAACAACCAUUCUUCCUUGGUAUCUCCGCAUCUCCCAAGCGAAUCUCUCUCUCUCUCUCUCUCUAUAUAUAACUUAUUUAAAUAAUUAAUUAAUAAUACGUUAAAGCCCAAGAUUUUUUCUUGUGGUUUUUUCCUAGCUCCAACAUCUCGUCAAAUCGUUUUAGCGGAACAUCCGAAGAAGAACAAGGAGGAGAAGAAUUUUCUUCAAUUUCAGAAAAAUGGGUAUUGAGAAUAAGAAUUGUGAGGAUUUGAAAGUUUGUUCUGAAAUUGUUGAAAGCAAUAGGGCUAAAGGAAAGAGUCUAUGGAAGAAAGUGACGUACCAGCUAGUUGAAUACCACUCAUUGCCCGGGUAUUUGAGGGACAAUGAGUACAUUCUUGGGCAUUACCGAUCCGAGUGGCCAUUAAAGCAGGUCUUUCUCAGCAUGUUUAGCAUUCACAAUGAGACACUCAAUGUUUGGACGCAUUUAAUUGGGUUCUUUCUUUUUCUUUCCCUGACCAUAUACACCGCAAUGAAGGUUCCAAAGGUUGUUGAUCUCCACAAUCUACAACAUGUUCCUGACAUGCUGAAGAAGGCUGACCUGCAUAAAUUGCAAGAAUGCCUCCCUUCCUUGCCCCACAUGCCUGAUUUACACAGACUUAAGGAGUUAAAGACUACUUUUCCUUCGAUGGAUUUGCUUCCGUCCCUCUCCUCGGGUUGGCAUGUGAUGGAACUUUUAUACAAUUGUUUGCCUGAGAGAUUCUCCUACAAAAAUUACACUGACAUCUGUGUUCUGCGUAGCUUGAAGGAUGAUUUUGCAAACAUAAUAGCACCAUUGAUGAUGAGACCGAUUACAAGAUGGCCAUUUUUCGCGUUCAUGGGGGGUGCCAUGUUUUGCUUGCUAGCCAGCAGCACGUGUCAUCUUCUCUCCUGCCACUCCGAGCGACUGUCCUACAUUAUGCUAAGGCUCGACUACGCUGGCAUUGCAGCCCUCAUUUCUACCUCCUUUUACCCGCCAGUCUACUACUCCUUCAUGUGCUACCCUUUCCUUUGCAACCUCUACAUGGGCUUUAUAACCGUCUUGGGCAUCGCAGCAAUACUUGUUUCUCUCUUGCCGGUCUUUCAAAACCCCGAAUUCCGCACGAUUCGCGCAUCUCUCUUCUUAGGCAUGGGAUUGUCCGGGGUUGCGCCUAUCGUGCACAAACUCUACUUGUUUUGGGGCAGACCUGAAGCUCUCCACACAACAGGCUAUGAGCUUUUGAUGGGUGCUUUCUAUGGGCUUGGAGCGCUGGUUUAUGCCACAAGGAUUCCGGAGCGAUGGAAGCCUGGAAAAUUCGACAUUGCAGGGCACAGCCACCAAUUGUUCCAUAUACUGGUGGUGGCCGGGGCCUUCGCUCAUUAUCGUGCAGGUCUAGUUUACCUCAAAUGGAGAGACCUAGAAGGUUGUUGAGUUAGUGAAUUAGACUUCUCAGUCUUACAAGCUUCAGUGUAUGGUUAAGUAAAAUAGGUCUUUAUGUAUAUGAUGAUGCAGAGGGCCUGGGAAAGAACCUGUGUGUCCAUUGUCACUCUGCUAAGGUAGGUAUCUCACUAGUGGAUCUUGGAUGUCGUCUUUGGUUAAAAAAAAUAAUAAUAAUAAUGAAGGAAUAAUGAUCUGGGGUAGUGUUAGUUUGAAAUCCAGCUGUAUCUUUCUACAUGCACUUGUCUAUGAACAUGAUGAAUUGAGAAUAAGAAUUCUUUUGUUGGUUGGAUAA